AUGGCUUCCGUCGCAGGCCGCAAAAAAUCCAUAGUAUCGACCACGGGCCUUCAAAUUGACACCCCAGUUGCAAACAACACUCUUCUCAACCAAGCUGCUAUCACCUCUCUCUACCAAGAAUGCGUUCGAUUGCGCUCUCGUUUAUUGCAGAUCCAUGGCUUUUCACGCUACUUCAACCUCGUUGUUUCUCAUGAUUCACGACACUCUACCGACCCUGUAACACAACUAUGGGACCUUUUCUCCCUCGGCAUUCCCCUAUGCUAUAUAUUCGAUCAACUCCCAAAUGGCUUUGAGAAGAUAAACAACACUGAUGAGCUCAAUGACGAACAGCCUGAGGCAACGGCAGAGCGUGUAAAGAAGAGAGGUAUUGCACUCUUCAGCAUGCGCGUGGGCAAUGCCGUGAAGAAGUUACCUGGCUGUGAACUAUUUACCGUCACAGAUUUGUGGAGUCGCGACUCUACUGAUGGGCUGGUUAAGGUCAUCAAAACCGUCAUUGCGAUAGUCAACCAACUGCCCGAGAGCGCUUUCGAGGACCCUCCCCCGUCACCUCCUUAUAUGUCCACUCAGGACUCAUCUGAGUCGAUAUCUACAGAUCCGAAUGCACCAAAACCUCCUGCAACCACCCAAGAUGGUGCAAGAAGUAACAUCAUACGAGAGAUGGUGGAGACGGAGCGGAAAUAUGUGCAAGAUUUAGAGAUCAUGCAGCAAUAUGCCACCGCCUUGUCUCAAAGCAACAUCAUCGACCAAGAUACCAUCCAUUUACUCUUUCCUAACCUCAACAAACUGCUCAAUUUCCAGCGACGGUUCCUCAUUCGAUUGGAGGGCACUGCUGAACUUCCGUGGCCUGAGCAGCAAUGGGGUCAACAUUGGGUCGAAAGCGAAAACGAGUUCAUUGUCUAUGAACCUUACUGUGCCAACUACACCUAUGCAUCAGAGCUCAUGCUCGCCUACGAAAACAGUCUGACUCCAACAUAUGGCGGUCCACCGACGCGGCAAGCACCGAUGCCCCUCAAUCACUUGAUCGUUGCUAAAGGCGAAUUGCCUGCCUUCCUAAUAAAGCCAAUCCAACGAAUCUGCAAGUAUCCUCUCCUCCUUGAUUCCCUGAUCAAAGCAGCCGAUCCCGCAGUCUAUCCUCACUACGACGACCUGAAAGCAGGUUCAGCUGCCGCCAAACGGAUCACGGAUAGAAUCAAUGAAGCCCAACGGCAUGCCGAGAAUGAACAGACCGUUAAAAAUCUUCAAGGUCGUGUAGAUGACUGGAAGGGUCAUCAUCUGGAGAAUUUCGGUCACUUGCUACUCAACGACAUCUUCAUCGUCACCAAAUCAGACAUCGACCGGGAGUACCACGUCUUUCUUUUUGAGAAGAUUAUCCUAUGUUGCAAAGAAGCUGUCUCGCCGCCGGCUAAUGGGAAAAAGAUGGGCAAGAGCAAUUCAAUCCUCAAGAAGCAAGCGGCUCCUCCCCCUCUCGUACUACCCGGCGGAUUCGGUCAGCCGCAGAAGAAAAACACGCCGCUACUUCUCAAAGGGCGUAUUUUUCUGGGUAACGUUACCAAAGCCGUCCCAGCUUCAUCCCGUAUCUCAACGUCCAAUGGCACACCGCACUACCCACUCGCCGUAUGGUGGAAGGGAGAUGAUGACCUCGAAUACUUCACUCUGCGGUGCCGCCGCGAAGACCAAAUGCGACAGUGGGAGUCCGUCAUCAACAGAUUGAUUGAUAAUGCACAGCGUCGAGCGUCAGAGCGCAGCAUGGCCAAGGUGUUGGCUAACAAUAAUAAUCCUGCCGUCAACCGCAAUUAUCCCGCCUUUCCACCGCUCCAUUCUGCACAGCCUGGUUAUCCCGUACAAGCACCGAGUAGUGCGCAUGGUGCAAAUAAUCGGGGAAGGGGAGAUAGUGUCUACAGCGAGCAGUCCAGUUAUCCCUCAGGAUAUGGCACCGGACCUCAGGGAUAUCCUCCACAUGACGGAUUUGAAUUAGAAGUUGACGAGGAGGAUUUGGAAGACUACCCGCCAACAAAUAUCCCUUCAGGGCAUUCUGGACGCGGGACACCGAUCGGAAGUCGACGUGGUAUGGCAUCCAGUAUGCCACCUGAACGUGAUCCUCAACCAGCUCCUUAUGAUCGCCCUCGUGCUCAAACGGAAACAACAGAACAUAUGCAGCAAUGGCGAGGGGCACCUACCAGCGCUCUGCGUCCCAUAGCGUCGCGACUCAAUUCGAAUAUGUCUACCAUCAGUAAUGGGUCAUAUGCAUCUGAUGCGAGCUUUGGAUCCGGAGUCCGCACACGCCCCACUCUUCGAAGCCAGUUCAGUUCAACCAAGCUCAGAUCAGGCUAUGAUGAGAGUGGUGAAUAUCGCGGUAUCCCGAAGACGCCUGCUCCCAUCAGUGCGCAGCCACCGCCACCCAUGAAUCGGUCACGCAGUGCCAGUCAACCGAGUGCGUACGUUCCCAAGCCAGGCCCUCCUCCGCCAGUGCCAACGGCGCAGUGGAUACACUCAGUAUCCUCCAACUCUCUCAGCAGCAUCAGUCAGAAGCGAGGUAGUGGUUCGAGUGACUCGACUGGUAGCUCGGACUACUCUCCCAACUCCUCUUCGCCUAUCACACCGUUCGGUUCUAGUGAGUCUUCACUAGGUGGUGGCGUCGGUUUACGGGCAUCGCGGUCACAAACCUUCGAUUCAGUCAAUGGAGCGGGUCAUGCCCCAUUCCCUCACCCGGUCAAAGUCAAAGUGCAUUUCCACGAAGAUAUAUUUGUCAUUCAGGUUCCUCGGGCGACGGAGUACGAUGAUUUGGUUGAGAAGGUCGGACGGAAAAUCCGGCUUUGCGGUCCUCGCCGAGAUGAUGGGCCCCUUCGUGUCAAGUAUAAGGACGAAGAUGGCGAUAUGGUGUCACUGGGAUCUACAGAGGAUGUUCAGAUGGCAUUUGAACAAUACCGACCGGGUGGUCAGGUUACCCUGUUCGUGACAUGA